CCCCCAAAGUUCAUGGAGGAGCAAUGACAAAACAGCUGGGCGGGCUCCCUUCGGAGUGGCCAAUCGCUUUUCUCUGUGCGUCGAGAUUCAAACCUCGAGGCGCGGAGGCUGUGAGAGCAAAGUGGUAGUUGCUGCAGGGGAGCGCGAGAAGAGACGUGAGGAGCUCCCCCUUGUCGGUAACGGGAGCGGGGCUUCAGAAGGGCUGCUUUCCUUGAUUACGCCAAUAGCAACAAAACGCUGUGGCUUUAUCUAGGAUUUUUCUCCACUAUGGAUGUGACCAGAAACUUCUUCAAUAAACUGAGGACCUUAGCAGUCACUCUGGAGAAACAGGCUGAGCAGUUCAAGCACAUUUUUCAGAGUGAUGGCACAGAAUUUGAAGAUGAUUCACCAAUGAGGUACUUACAUGAACUGUACUCUGAAGUUAGGAUGCUAAAGAGUGAUGCUGAUAAUACUCUUUGUAAGAGUUCUUCAGAAAGAGAUGCUACAUACGAUUUCAUAAAGGCUAGUAAAAUUCUGAUGAAAAGAAAUUCAACAGAUCUUGAGAAAAUAAGAGACUUGUUCCAGAAAUAUGGUUACAAACAAAUUGCUGGCAAAGAUGCAGCAACACAGGCUGAAGCUGAAAUCAACCCUGCAUCUACUAUGUCUACUGAAGAGGAGCCCCAAAACCUUGAUUUACCCGAAAAAUCAUCUGCCUAUCAUAGUCCGCAUCAUAUUCCACAGCUUUCAGAUUUUGGACUUUCAAAAUAUGCUCUUCCAACUACUUCGGGCACAAUACAUAUUCAGCCCACAUUUCUGCAGAAGGAAGACCAGAGAGUGAGUGAUUCUAAGUGUUUAUCGCCCAAGGCAGAACACUUUCAUAUCCAUGGGCGUGAUCUGUGUUUGAUUGAUGAAACCACAAUUUUAAUGGAAGACCAGACUAUCUUCCUACUUAAUGCCAAAAAUGCUAGGCAAGCUAAUAAAUCAAGCGGAUCAGCAGUGGAAUUGGUCUCAAACAAGAAUCUGGCCACACCUAAGCAAAAAAACAAGUUUUGUGAUUAUGAUUAUAUGGCUUCACCUGCUGCACCUCAAUUCUGCACACCUGGCUUGAAAAUCCCCUGCAGAAAGGACACCAUCUUAGCUAAAUCCCCAGAGAGUAAUAAAUUGGAUGCGUCUAACCAUAUGACAGAAGCCUCGCUACCAGAUGCACAGCCUCUGAAAACAGAACCUAAACAAAUGUGUGUCACUAAAGUGGUGCCAAAUAAUAAAGGUCUUGUAGAAGAUGCUGUUGCACCUGUCCUGUAUUCAGACAAGUAUCCGAAGUGUGUUGAACCUUCUUCAGUAGUACUGGAUUGUCUUGAAGAACCUUCUCCUCCAGCAAUAUCAGAUUACAGUAACCUGUUCGGUAGUCCUCCUCCUCCUCCUGAAAUAACUGUGAUUCCAAAACAAAUUUUUCAGAUUUUGUCAAAGUACAAUCCAAACAUAGAAGCAUCCAGAUCACUGGAAAAGGGGAGUUAUGAAGGAAUUGCUACACAGCCUGUUCUCGGUAUUGGGAACAAUAAAAACAAGGAAAACAGAAAGUAUCUUGAUUGAACUAAACAUGAAGUCCGUUUCCUGGCUUUUGUAGAGGCUGCCAUAUUUCGAAAGGCCUAGAAAACUACAUGGGAAACUACCUGGACAUGACAACUAUUUGUUUCUAACAAUGUGGCACCUGGUUCAACUGAAACUGUGUUCUCUUCUAAAUGAGAAUAUACACGGCUGCAUUUCAUGUAAGUGCUUCAGACCAAGCAUUAAGCUAUCAGCUGACAUACGUGUGGUAUUAUUAUCUCAAAUCAUUGUCAUUUUCCUAACUUAGGAAAAUUUACAGGUUGUUUCCUUUGUUCAUGUCUUUGGGUAACAUCCAUUAUGUAACAUAGGCUCUGAACAUGGUUUUUCUUCAGUAGAUAAUCUGUACUAAACACUUCUGAGCCUUGCAGGAAACCUUCACUUUUUAAGGAAGCAAUUGUGGAAACCUAUUGCUUGUCAUUAACUUUGUUGGGAUCUGGUUAGGGAAUUGCACCUUUAUGCGAAGGACAUCUCCAAGCAAAUCAUGUAUACCCAAAAUGGGGAAGAAUGGGUGGAAACUACAGUAGAUGGACUGGUGCCCUGAUUUUAGACUUGUUGAAAAGUAAUUGUUUUGCAUAUAGCAUUGUAACUAAUUUAAUGAAUCUAUUCCUUCAAUAGAGCAAACAUAAUCCAAAUGGCAUUGCUAUCUCAGCAACUAGGCUUAUUUGAGGGGGCAUAUGGGGGAGAGGAGAUUGUAAGUCCAAUGCCUCAGCCAGAAUGCUUCCUUUUUGCCCUCUCCAUUGUUGGAAGAACAGCUGUGGAAAGGGAGAUCUGCAAAAUCUUAAAUCCUUGGUGUUCUCUCAGGGACGAGGCUUGCCUCACCUUUUAUACCCCUGCCUGACUGAGGCACGACUGCCAUCUCAUUUCAAUGUCAUGUUAGAAAGUGCAUUCAGUGUGGUGAUGUAGAGAUUACAGAACUCUUUGCCUACUGCGAUUAGCCUGGCACUAUCCAUAAUGUCUUUUAGGUGCCAUCUUAAAACUUGAUUCCUCUAGCCAGAUUUCUGAUGGAUGACCCAUGUUCUGUUGUUAUCAAUAUGGUGCAUUUUAUGUUCCCUGUAUUGAUUUAUUCUAUAUUGGUUUUCUGUUUUGUACACAGCAUAUAUUUAUGCCUGUUGGAUACAAACAGUGAAUGGAUAAAUAAAUAAAAAAAUAAAAGGAA